GACAGCAGUAUGUCAGCUGUGUUCUGUCUGUGUCUGUGAUCCUCUCCACUUCCAGCAUCCUUUCUGUUCCCCUGCAUCACUGGGGAUUAGUGAGUCCACGCUGCAGUCUGCGUUUUGACAGCCUUUCUUCAAGGAUCUACAGGAUUUGGAGCAGUAAAAUUGUGUGCACUUGGAUUCCCAGCUCUCUCGCGUCCUUUACUGCAAACAUCAGCUCCAGUUUGAGCCAAAGGUUUGGUGUGAUUGAACUGAAACCACAGCCAUGGAUGAAAUGGAUGUGCCACAACUGAAGAAAGAGGUAGAGAGCCUCAAGUACCAGCUGGCAUUUAAGAGGGAGAAAUCAUCCAAGACAGUCACAGACUUGGUGAAGUGGAUUGAGGAUGGUGUACCCACGGACCCGUUUUUGAACCCUGAGCUGAUGAAGAAUAACCCGUGGGUGGAAAAGGGCAAGUGUGUGAUCAUUUAGGGUGGAAACAACGGACCAGCACAGAUCUGAAUGUCCACACACACACACACACACACACACACAUACACAGAGGCAUUAGCACCAUACAGUCAAUUGCAAGAUCUGAAACUAUGCCACGCAUUACUAUAUUAUAUUCAUAAAGGUCAACGUUAUUUAAAAACUAUUAAUAUUAUUCAUAGAAAACUAUUUAUAUUCACUUAGUUCUUUUUAGUCUGUUACAUACUAGUUCGCUUGCACUUUUUUUUUUUUUUUAAAUUCAAGUUUGUGUCUCACUGCCAGAAAAUGAGUGACAGAUUAAUGCCUGCAAAUAAACGAGAAGAUUUAUCAAUCUGAAAUGUAUAAAUCAGCACACUGUCUCUUUUUCUCUGCAGCGUAUUAAUCUGUCCAUCACGACAGUGCACCAUUUAGACACAACCCACAGAAACAUGUUCACAAUCAGCACCAUUUUGUUGACUGAUUUUAAUUUAUGAUCUAUUUAUUUAUUUAUGGUUUUUUUAGUUCACUGUUGAUGCUUUGAUGGAUAUUUUAACAUUAAGGUCUGAGGUUCCGAGUUGCACUACGAAGAGGGUUCCCCCCCCACUGAUUAAACACUAAUAUGGUGGUUGAAUGUUGUUAGUAUAACAGAAUCCAUUUAUUUAUUUCUAUAAUAAUCUGUUAUUUAAACACUGAGAUGAAUCCGGUGUUUAGCUGCUAAGAAAUCUUCAUUUGAUAUGAUGUAUGACCAGAUUUAAGACACCGUUUUUAAAUCCCCAUUAGAUGUUGCUGUGCUGUGAAUUCUGGCAACCAACCAAACAUGACCAAAAAUUUGGGGCGCGGCUUCUUCCUGGAACAUACUUGUGGCAAAUCUGCUAAGAAAGCAUAAAGAGAUUUCAUGAAAUGCUGAACUUGCUGACGCUUUCUGCUAAUUGUGUUAUGUAACUAAUGUCCAGUUUAACAAACAUGACUCAAAAAAAGACCAUAGGCUACUGUAUGUAUAAAUCUAAUCCUAGGGACACCCCCCCCAUGUCAAAAUAUCACGAUGGAAGAGUUGUCCUUGCCCAAAACACAAUUGUGUUUUAGAUGUCAUCAUUUUACAUGAAUAAAAAUGACAUUUGUUUUAGCAAGCAAGCUAAUAUUCCUCUUCAUUACCUCGCUGGCUAGAUACCAGCGUGUUAAAGGAA